GAGAAAAAAGAAAAGAAAAGCGAAAGAGAGGAGGAAAAAACGAGAUACUAAGGAAAAUAAACAAAUAGAAGUAGAAGGAAAAGGAGAAAGAGAAACAGAGGAAGAUAGAAAAGGAGGGAAGAGAAGAUGAGAGAAAAGGAAGGAAUAGGAAUAGAAACGAGAAGGAGGAGAAGGAGAGGUAGGAAGGAAGGAGGGAAGAGGUAGGUAGGUAGGUAGGAAGGUAGGAAGGGAGACGGGGAGAGAGGGAGAGAGAGAGGAAGGGCCAGAACCUUGUAAUCAAUAUCCUACUUUCCCUUGAACCAGCUCCGCCUCUCUUCCCAAACCCGACAUCCCAUUGGCCCGGCCGCGCACCCCCCCUCGCCCGCACGCCACGCCAGCCUCACCCUAACGCCGGGCUGCUGCAGGGGCUCAGGGGGCGUGUGGGGGCGUGCGGCGUGGCGUAAUUAACCCGUGAUGGCGGUGGGGAGGGCUGGAGGUGGGCGUGGCUCCAAGCUCGCCCCGACCCUUGCACGAGUCGCUACAUUUCCCCAAGAAUUUCCGUCGGAAGAACUGUUCGUUGGCUUUUUGCUCAGCACCGCUCAGCACAGUACCCAGGAAGCCCCCCCAGCCCCCCAGCAGCCCCCCCUCAGCACCCCCCUGUACCCCCUGACACCCCCCCACAUUCACACACACACACACACACACACACACACACACGCACACGUUCUCGAGGUGUGUCUGCAUGGCCAGUCUCUCGGGCAAGUUGUGACGUGUUCCUGGUCAUCUGUCACGUCUGUCUGUCUCGCCGCGUCCUCGUCCCCCUCUUCGUCACGUCACGUCUCCCGCCACGCACACGACGAGCAGAUUGUCGGCUGUGGACGCGAAAACAACAACAACAACAACAACAACAACAACAACAAUAACCUCUCGUGUGACUGAGUGCGUGUUUACUUCUGUGUGCGUUUAUAUAAGCGUACAUGUGUAGGUUUAUAUGUACGUGGAUGAGACUUAUCUGACUAAACCUGUCUUCAACAUGUGGGCGUGUGCGGGAACGUGAGUGUAUGCGUGUGUGUGUUUGAGUGCGUGUGGGUAUUUGUCUGUGUGUUUGCGUGCGUGCGUGGUUGCGUGUGAAGCGAUAGAAGUGAGACGGUUAAAAAAAAGUAAUUCGAAGUAAAGAUAAGAAGAGGAGGAAGAAGAAAACGAGAUAAAGAAAGUGGACAGUGGGAGAAGGAAAGGAGUAUAGAAUUAUGGAGCAAGGAUAAGAAAAGAGAGAUAAAUAACAGACUAUAGAUAAGAGAAGAUAAAGAUUACACGACACACAUACACCGAAAGAAAUGACUAAAAAAUAGGAAAAAAGAAAGUGACAUCAAACACAAUCCAAAAUGAAGGUGACAUCAAACUAAUAACAAAAGACUAACCAUGGGUGCAACAAAUGAAGUGAGAACGUAAGAACAGACCAAAAAAACAAAAACAUAAAAAACAACGAGAGAAAGAACUUAUUUGAAUUUAAACUUAUUAUAAACAUAUUUCAAAGAGAAGUGAAGAAGAAAAAAACCCUCAAAUAAGAAGAAAAUCAAGACUAAGAUAAUAACAGCAGAGAGAGAGAGAGAGAGAGAGAGAGAGAGAGAAUCAGACAGACAGCGAGAGUAUCAACACACACACACACACACACACAAGAUGUACGAGGGGCCAGCAGCAUGCACUUAUCAAAAUCCACUGGACCUGAAACGCGGUCUGCUCACUCCUAACCUGCAGAACAAGGCGCAAGGGCUGACGCUCGGGGGCGGCUCCACCACCAUGAUGACCGCGCCGCUCAACAUCAAGAGUGAGGAGGUGAUGAGCCCGGACUGGUCAGCGUGUACCUACAGGUUCCCCGGUCUUGCCAGCUGUGUGGGAGGAAGAGUAGGAGGAGGAGGGGGAGGAGGAGGAGGAGGAGGAGGGGAAGACAGCAAGCUAGUGAGUGGGUACACCUCCUCCCUCCUCCCCAACCUCCGUCCCCACCCUCACCACCACGACAUCACCACCACCACCACCGACCUCCCCCACGUCACCACCACCACCUCCUCCACCAAUAAUAACAACAACAACAGCAGUAGUAGCAGUAAUAGUAGCAGUGGUGGUGGUGGUGGAGGGGGUGGAGGGGGUGGUGGUGGGGGGGGGCUGUCACUCCACGCCCCCCCAGCCUCCACACCUGAUGAUAGAGACACCCCGCAGGAUCACAAAGAUGUCUCACUCGUCAGGGACAAGAGCCUCACGUCACUGCUGAACGACCCGAGCUACAAGUCGGCCUGGGGUUCACCGGCCUCGCCCGCCUCUCAGACCCAAGGGUACCCCCACAACAGCCUCGGCAUGACGAAGUCCUCGCUUGACGCCCACAGCCCCCACUUGCGGCAGCCGGAUCCCUACCAGAUGUUUGGACCAACGAGCAGCCGACUGGCCUCCUCAGGUUCAGGGCAGAUUCAGCUGUGGCAAUUCCUUCUGGAGCUGCUGUCAGACUCGUCCAACGCCAACUGCAUCACGUGGGAGGGCACCAACGGGGAGUUCAAACUGACGGACCCCGACGAGGUGGCGCGCCGCUGGGGGGAGAGGAAGUCCAAGCCCAACAUGAACUACGACAAGCUUUCCAGAGCACUGAGGUAUUACUACGACAAAAACAUUAUGACCAAGGUACACGGGAAGCGCUACGCCUACAAGUUUGAUUUCCAGGGUCUCGCCGCCGCCACGCAGCCCGCCGGCACCGACCCCACGGCCUACAAGUACCAGAGCGACCUGUUCAUGUCCUCCUACCACCCCACCACCAAGCUGAACUUCAUGAGCACCCACACUGGCAUCCCUUCGUCGGCAGGUGAGGAAUUAGCCAGCAUCUUCCAGUCCCCAACGUCAUACUGGACCAACCCAAGCGCCAACCUCUACUCCAACAUCGCCGCUGCCUCGGGCCACACCAUGACGCAUCACCCCUCCCACAUGACCUCCCACAUCUCCUCCGCCUACCCGCACUAUGCAUGACAGUCUCUCUUUACGAACUGGUGCAGUCAGCCAUCCUCCCGCGAGUCCGUCUCCCUGCCUGACUGGAGUUCCACGUUCCAGCAAGUGACCACGAAUAACAACAACAGUAGCGCUAGUAACGGCGGGAACAGCGGGAACAGCCACCAUCACCAGCACCACCAUCACCACCACCACCUCGACGAACAGCAGCAGUGAUUGUGGUGGUGGUGGGGCGGUGGUAGUGGUGGUGGUGGUGGUGGGGAUGAAGAGUGGGUUGGCUGGUGGUGAUGGCUGCGCUGUGUUCGUGGUGGUGGUUGUGAUGAUGGUGGUGGUUUAGAUAUGUAUUGUGUGGUGAUUUUUUGGUGGUGGUGGUGAUGGUGGUUGUAUUGGAGAAGGAAAAAAAGGAGAAAAAAGGUUGUGAUGAGUGACUUAUAAACUGGUUGAGAGUGAGUCACGCUUUCUCUCUCUCACACUCGCUCACUCACUCACUCACUCACUCACUCUCAAUAUUUCAGUGUAAAAAGAAAGUGAUGUGAGUGAAGAUGAACACAUAUAUGUGAGUGGUGAUGGUGAUGGUGAUGAUAGUGGUGUUGAAAUGAAUAGAAGAUAAGAGAAGAGAAAAAAGAAGAACGAUGUGGUGAUGAUGAUGGUGAUGAUGAUGGUUGUGUGUAUGUGAUCUCAUUAUUAUUAUUAUUAUUAUUAUUAUUAUUAUUAUUAUUAUUAUUAUUAUUAUUAUUAUUAUUAUUAUUAUUAUUAUUAUUAUUAUUAUUAUUAUUAUUGCGGCUGUGUUUUUUGUGGGGUCAGUUUCUUCUCUUUUUUCUUCUUCUUCCUCCUCCUCAUCCUCCUCCUCUUCCUCCUCCUCCUUCAUUUUCAUUGUCUCCUCUUUCUUCUCCUUCUUCUUCUCUUCAUCCUUUUUCUUUGUACUUUACUAUUUUUCUUCAUAUUUCUUCUUCUUCUUCUUCUUCUUCUUUUCUUCUUCUUCUUCUUCUUCUUCUUCUUCUUCUUCUUCUUCUUCUUCUUCUUCUUCUUCUUCUUCUUCUUCUUCUUCUUCUUCUUCUUCUUCUUCUUCAGUGUGGUUCUCUUUAUAUCCACCCACCUAUCAUCUUCAUUGCUCUCCUCCUCCUCCUCCUCCUCCUCCUCUUCCGUGUCCUCUUUCCUGACGCCACGUUGCCGCUUCCACAACGCUUGAGUUUGCGACGUUGCCAAAUCUCUUUCUAGUCCCGUGUGUGUGUGUGUGUGUGUGUGUGUGUGUGUGUGUGUGUGUGUGUGUGUGUGUGUGUGUGUGUGUACAUAGUUUCGUGUACGUACGACCUUGUGACAUCCUGUAAUGUAUAUAAUUAAUAAAACACUCAUGGCCCACUUUUGUGUGUGUGUGUGUUUGUGUGUGUGUGUGUGUGUGUGUGUGUGUGUGUGUGUGUGUGUGUAUAACUGGACGCCAUUCACGAGAACAACAGCAAAAUAGCAACUACAACAACAGCAACAACGACAACAACAACAACAACAACAACAACAACAACAACAACAACAACAACAACAUGAUAGAUGAUAACAAGACAAUUAUUAUUUUUUUUAACAUAACUAUCCACAACUUCCAUUUAUUUAACUUUUUAUAUAUUCCUUUAAUCUUUCCCCUUCUUUUAACUUCUUCGUCUUCUUUAACUUUUCUCUCUUUUCUCCGAUUUCUUUCUUUACUUUUGUCUUUCUUUUCUUAUUUGCUUUCUUUAUCAUUAGUCACUUCAUUUUCCACACCUCUUCUCUAUUUUCCCUUGCUAUGUCUUACCUUUUUCUUCCUCUUCUAACUCCUCCGUCUCUUCCUUCGGUCACUUCCUUCUCUCCUUUUCUUUUUCUCUCCUUCCUUAUUUAUCUCACUUUUAUCAACGUGUCUCCUUAUCCACUCUCAUCACUCAUUCCCUUACCGCCAUCUCCCUCAUCGUUCUCUUUUUCCUUCUUCCCUUCCUCAUUCCUCUUUCUUGUCCUUCCUUUUUCCUUCGUUCCUUCAUUCCGUCGCAACACAACACAGAUAAAACGAAACUCAACGACAACUUUAAUGAGAGAGAGAGAGAGAGAGAGAGAGAGACCCCUCCCAAAUUCUCUUCCUUCUUCUUCUCCUCCCUUCGUUCGUAUCCUCGUCGGGAAAGAAGAAAAAAAUCCUGAAUGGAGAAGAGACAAAAGAGGAAAAGAAAAAAAGUGGAAAGUGAAGAUUAAGUAGAAAAAGAAAAACUAAAAUAAUGAAUAUGAAAUGAAAUGAAAAUAAAUGAAUCGAAGAAAAUUGGAAAGACAAAAACAAAUAAUGAUUGAGAAACGUGAAAAAGCAAAAUAUUCGAAAAAAAUAAAAACAGAAAGCUAUUUUGGAGAUGUAAAGAAAUGAAGGAGA